AUGGGCGCCGCGCAGCAGCGCUUCGAGGAGUUUCUCCAGCGGCCGGGCUUGCUGGGCGACCUCCUGGCUCACCUGGAAGCCAGAAGCGGCGUGAAGCGUUAUUACCUGGCCACAGGCUCCAUUGCUUUCGUGGGGCUCUACUUGAUGUUUGGAUAUGGGGCUUCGCUCCUGUGCAAUCUCAUCGGCUUUGUCUAUCCAGCAUACGCUUCCAUCAAAGCCAUCGAGAGUCCCAACAAGGACGACGACACCACGUGGCUGACCUACUGGGUGGUUUACGGCCUCUUCAGCGUGGCCGAGUUCUUUUCCGACACUUUCCUGUACUGGUUUCCGUUUUACUACGCCGGCAAGUGUCUCUUCCUGCUCUGGUGCAUGGCUCCCAUUUCGUGGAACGGCUCCCACCUCCUCUACCGCCGCUUCAUCCGCCCGUGGUUCCUGAGGCACCACCAGGCUGUGGACAGCGUCCUGAGCGACCUCAGCGGCAGAGCCCUCAACGCCGCCUCGGCGGCUUCCAGGGAAGUAUCCAAAGAAGCCGUGAAAUGAGCCAUCGAGAAUGAAGACC